AUGGAAUUCCUAUCGUCGGAUAGCGAUGACUCAGAUAAAGAUUCUUCAAUGGUUAUAGUCAGGCCAGAAGACAUAACCGAUGCUCCCAUCAAUCUCACUUAUGAGGAAAAAGUAAAUGAGAAUCAAUACCUGAAAACUUCAUCGAUUAUUGGUGAAAAAGUAUUUGAUAGGGCCAAUUUGGACAAAUCAAUGAUUAUUGGUGGAGAAAAAGAAAGUACUCGUUAUAAUAGUCCAAUGACUAAGGAUAAAUUUGGGGACCAAAGAAAUUUGACCGAAUUAAAUCCCCAUAAAAAUCCUUUGCACAAUGAUAAAGAAUAUCGCGAAGCCAUUGGUAAAAGAAAAUCCUUACCUCAACCAAUUACAGGCGAUUUAAGCGAUGAUAAAAACUUCCAUAAUCAAAGAUUUUCAUAUGAUGUUAAUAGACAAACACCUUCCACAGACCCUGAUAAUAUAAUGAGUUCUUUUUCACAAUCACAUGAUACAAGGAAAAGUUUGGAAUUGAACGUUAACACAAAAAAACAAUUUAAACCCGUUACAACUGAAGAAUUUGAUGAAUUGCUUAGAAUACCAAUCCAAUCAACCCACACUCGUCAGGACAUCGAAUAUGGUUCAAGAUCUCGAGACAACCUUUUACAUCCACAAUAUAUUGGUCAGAAGGAUAACUUGGUUGAUACUAAUCGUGAUAUUAUAUAUGGGUUAGAGCCUCAGGCUAACCUUCAAAGCAAUAAAAAGAAUCAAGACUCUCGUCGGGAUACCGGAUUCGGGUUUGGCUCUCAAGAAAACCUUUUACAUUCACAAUAUAUAAAUCCGAAGCAAGAUAAUUUGGUUGAUCGUGACAUCAGAUAUGGGUUAAUACCUCAAGAUAACCUUCAAAGCAAUAAAAAUAAGCAAGAUACUCGCCGGGACACCGGAUUUGGGUUAGAAUCUCAAGACAAUUCACAAUAUAUUAGUCCGAAGAAAGAUGACUUGGUUGAUGACACUCGUCGUGACAUUAGAUAUGGGUUAGGACCUCAAGUUAACCUUCAAAGUAAUAAAAAGAAUCAACGGGACGCCGGAUUAGGAUUAGGAUAUCAAGACAAUUCACAAUAUAUUAGUCCGAAGAAAGAUGACUUGGUUGAUGACACUCGUCAUGACAUUAGGUAUGGGUUAGGACCUCAAGAUAACCUUCAAAGCAAUAAAAAUAUUCAAGACACUCGUCGGGGCGCCGGAUUAGGAUUAGGAUCUCAAGAUAACCUUCAAGGCAAUAAAAAUAAGCGAGGUCCUUUGGCUGAUGAUACACAUCAUGCCAUUAGAUAUGGGUUAGGACCUCAAGAUAACCUUCAAAACAACAAUAAUAAGCAAGACACUCAUCGAGACACCGGAUUCGGAUUAGGAUAUCAAGACAAUUCACAAUAUAUUAGGCCGAAGAAAGAUGAUUUGGUUGAUGACACUCAUCGUGAUACUAGAUAUGGGUUAGGACCUCAAGUUAACCUUCAAGGUAAUAUAAAUAAGCGAGAUUCUUUGGCUGAUGAUACUCGUCAUGACAUUAGAUAUGGGUUAGGACCUCAAGAUAACCUUCAAAAAAAUAAAAAUAAGCAAGACACUCGUCGAGACACCGGAUUCGGAUUAGGAUAUCAAGACAAUUCACAAUAUAUUAGGCCGAAGAAAGGUGAUUUUGUUGAUGACACUCGUCGUGACAUUAGAUAUGG